CCUCUGGCGCGGAGUCCGCGGUGGGCCCGAGGGUCCAGGCGCGCGCUACGGAGCGGGGGUCGGGUUCCCGGACGCAGACAAUGGAGAGCGCGCUGGCGGUGGCCCGGCUGCCCCCGCACGACCCGGGGACUCCGGCGCUGGCGGUGGUGGACAUGCACACGGGCGGCGAGCCCCUGCGCGUCGUGCUGGCGGGGUGUCCGGAGCUGGUCGGCCCCACGCUGCUGGCCAAGCGGCGCUACAUGCGCCAGCACCUGGACCACGUGCGGCGCCGGCUCAUGUUCGAGCCCCGGGGGCACCGGGACAUGUACGGGGCCGUGCUGGUGCCGAGCGAGCUGCCGGACGCGCACCUGGGCGUCCUGUUCCUGCACAACGAGGGCUACAGCUCCAUGUGCGGCCACGCCGUGCUGGCGCUGGGCCGCUUCGCGCUCGACUUCGGGCUGGUGCCGGCGCCCCCGGCCGGGGCCCGCGAGGCCCGCGUCAACAUCCACUGCCCGUGCGGGCUGGUGGCCGCCUUCGUGGAGUGCGAGGGCGGCCGCAGCCGGGGCCCGGUGCGCUUCCACAGCGUCCCGGCCUUCGCGCUGGCCACAGAUGUCCUGGUGGACGUUCCUGGUCAUGGAAAGGUGGUGGUGGACAUUGCGUACGGUGGCGCAUUUUAUGCGUUUGUUAGUGCCGAAAAGUUAGGACUCGAUGUUUGUUCUUCAAAGACAAGGGACCUGGUGGAUGCAGCGAGUGCAGUGACGGAGGCAGUGAAAGUUCAGUUUAAAAUUAAUCAUCCUGAAAGUGAAGACCUUGCCUUUCUAUAUGGAACUAUAUUAACAGAUGGAAGAGAUGUUUAUACUGAGGAACCAACUACCAACAUCUGUGUGUUUGCAGAUGAACAGGUUGACAGAAGUCCUACUGGCUCAGGAGUGACAGCCCGAAUUGCCUUACAGUAUCACAAAGGGCUUCUGGAACUGAACCAGACCAGAGCCUUUAAAAGCAGUGCAACUGGCUCAGUCUUCACAGGGAAGGCUGUGAGGGAAGCAAAAUGUGGUGAUUUUAAAGCUGUUAUAGUGGAAGUAUCCGGACAAGCCCAUUACACAGGUACAGCAAGUUUCACAGUAGAAGACGACGACCCGCUGAGGGAUGGAUUUCUUCUCAAGUGACUUCUAUGACUUUUAAGGGCUUUCUUUUUAAAGCAGUAAUUAUCUAUAAGUAAUUUUUCUCUGAAUCAUGUGGAAAACUAUAUCCAAAUUGUACAUGUAAGCCAACUUCCAUUCUUUCUAAUAGUAUGCAGUGGCUAAUUAUGUCAUUAUACCUCAUAUUUGCACAUGUAUAUUCAUGUAAAUAUGUCUAGCAUACAAAAUGCCAAAAAUUCAGGAUAUUUUUCUAGUUAUUAACAUAGGUAAAAUUAAAACCUUAGUUCUUGUUACUUUUAAAAUAUUAUUCUAUGGUAAUUACUAUAAUUUUGUUUUAAAUGCUCUUUGAAUAAUAGCUUGAAUUGUAGCCCUCAUAACAAGUUCAGUUUUUUAGUCUUCCAGGUUUGAGUAAAAUAAUGCCCUCUUCUCUGAGCAGCAUGUGAGGGAGAUGGAUUAUGAUAAGGUACUCAACACUUAGCAUAAAGAGCCUGGAAGCAAGUGGGUGGGUCAGCUUCCUUGGGUUGAUGAUAUUAUAGCUGCUGCCAGGAUAUUCUCUGUGCUGCAAAGCCCAGCUCCCACACCCAGGUAACUGAAGCCUCAUAAACUGACGUGAGAGGACCAACCAAUAAUUAGACUUUCAAUAUAUCUUUAAUGCUCUUAUAAAAGAGACUGUUUGUUUAUUGCAUUACUGAAAUACACAGUAGAUGUCAAUCAAUGAAUCACUACAGUGGGGUGAGUCUCAUACUCUCCCGGCAAACGUGCCGGGUAGAUUUAAAACAUGAAAGAAAUGUUAAUUAUUGGCAUUCUUGCUAGUUAAUUGUGAGCUUGUUAAAAAUAAAAUUUGAUCAUCAGUCAUUAUGAAAUAAAGUAUUAAAAAUUAUUCAACAUGUGAUGCUCUCAAUAUUCAGUAGACUCUUUUGUGAGGUAAGUAAUAGUAUUUUUUUUCUGAGCAUACAGAAACUGAAGUAAUUAAUUCAUUUUAACUGGCUUUGUCAUCCAGCAAGUCUGUAUAGACCCAGUUAUUAGGUCUGUGGUUGAAUUUCCUGAUCAAAAUGAAGGCUAUAAAGUUAAUGUUCUUGAUUUCACCAUUACACAAAAACAGUUAAGAUGUUUUCCACUCAUUCUCUUUAAAAUUUUGUAGUAAAGAAAUCACUUACCUCCCAAAAAUGACACUAUCACUAACUUGAUAUGACCAAGAAAAUUUCUAUAGAUGUGGGAGAUUUACUGUACUUUUUUAAAAAAAAUAAAAAUAGAAUCACUAUUUUCUCUUCAAAUUUCACAAGUCACAUUAAUUUGAAAAAAGAUACAUAGUUUAAAAGUGACAUUUUAUAGCAUUUUGUAACAUGCCACACACAUCUCUUCUACUUGAAUGAAGCACACCAUGAAAUGUGUAUUAUUCUCCCGCGGCAACCAAGAGUAGGGAGAUUUUAUCACUAAUGUUCUUUAGAAUUGUCAGCACGUGGUGAUAAUAAAACAAGCAGACUG